CGGCUCGGCGCUGCUCGCUGCGCCUCGGUCAAUCCGCGACUAAUAUGGCGCUACGCGCUCGACCCGGCACCGUACGUAGCGUGCUUGUCAAUCGACGGCCGAUCGUGCACACCGCGAUUUCGCACUGGCGCAAACGGUGAAACGCGCGCGAAUUUCCAUCGGCGAGCAGCCGACCAGCCGUUUCCACCGACGGGAAAUACCAUCCGGCGGAGAGGCCGUUCCACCGGGAACUCGAAGAGGACUCGAUUGUUUUCGAAGCGUCGGCUUCGCUCGGCGCGGCGGUGAGAGAGAGAGAGAGAGAGAAACCGACCGCCGAGAGAGAGAGAGAGAGAGAGAGAAAGGAGAGAGGAGACGGUGCGAGGAGGCGAGCCGACAGGGACGGAAGAGCCCGAACCCCCGAGAGUUAGGGGAUGAUGGUAUGUAACCGCGUGCACCGCUCGGCCGACCCGUUCAAGAGAUCGUAGAGAGGACGCCGGGUGGUAAGUGCUGAUUGCGUUGCGGUACCACGGACUCCGAUAAGCGCGUGCGGCCAGUAAUAAGUGAAAUGAUAGCGUCGUUAGCUGCGGCCUGGCACGCGAGGACGGAUGGUAGAUGCUGCGGCAAGGUGGCCGGUCCGCCGCCAGUUCUGAGGCAACGAUGCUAGAGAAGCGGCCGACACUGGGACCAGACAGGAUCGAGAGGAGCAGACGUAGCCGAACAAGCGACUAGGACCGAAGUGACGUAGAUAUAUCGCGUGCGAGAAGAUCGUCGACCACACGUUCGAACCGAGCGAGAUCGUUAGAGACAUUGUCGCCUUGCUCGCGCGAGGCGGCCGACCUCGAGCUCGUUGUUGCCGAUCCAGCGUCGACGAUCCAGUAUCGAGGAUCCAGCGACGGUCCUCUGUUUCUCGGGAGCACCAUGGCCCGUCACGCGCUCGUCGACGCAGUCCGCGAUUAGCCAUCGGGAGACAAAGUCGUGUCAGAGAAUCCGCGACUAGACUCGUUUAGUCGGAUCUCUGGUUUAGUUAGGAUCUCUUCGAGGGAUUCUGCGAAACGUUGGGACGCGAGAGAGGAGCGAAGGAGGAGAAGAAACGGAAGGAGACGGCGGGGAAGAGAGAGGGCGAAGCGUCACGCGGCACUUUUCAAUUAACGCGAUAAGGAGGACCCAGUGUCCUGCGCGACCACCGAUCGGCGGCAGGGAUCUCUUUGACGGCUGACCGAAACAAAAUGGCAUGUCCUUUCUCCAGAGAUUGCACCAACUCGAGGCACCUAGGCGGAAACCCGUCCAGACAAUCCUCGUUCGAGGUGACCGCGUCGACGACCCGCGAAGAAACCGAAUGUGCCAACAAGGAGACCAUCAACCUGCAGCACCUGAGGAGCGUCGUCCUCAUUCUGACCAAUCCACCGAAUUUGUGGAUUGCCACCGCUUUGGGAAACGUUCUGCGAGCGAACGAGGACCUGAUACCAUGUUCCGGGUUUCUAAACUCCGUGUUCCACGAAUGCAACGAGGAAACGGACCUGCUGAUGGAAAUUUACGACGCUGCGAAUUUCGAAUUCGACGUAGACAACUUUAGACUGUUCGAUGAGCUCGGCCAGCAAUUGAUCUACACCGCUUGCGAGGGUCUGAUCGAGCGAGCAUUCCGUUGCCUCGGGAACGAUCUGACAGCCUUCCUGACCACGCUCGACGGUGUAAACGACGUUGUACAACACCAGUCCGGAUCAGAAGUGGAGGCAGCGUUCGUAUGCAACACCACGCCGGAAGCUAUAGUGCUUGAUUUCACAACGCACCACCAGUCUCGCGCCUACUUGCUCAUUGGCAGCUUGAAGGGCAUCGCCAGAAAGUUUUAUAACGACAACGCGUCCGUGACCAUCAGCGGCAGCCGAUACAAGGAGGACGAAUAUAGGUUCCACAUCGUUCCCGAGCACUAUAACAAGCGCCCAACAGUCGAUUGGGAGCUCGACCAUGACAGCGUCGAGACAAGCGCGUCGUCUACUUUCCGUCCACACUCGACCAAGGCCACAGACUUUCCCAUGGGGGUCGCCAGCUUCUGCAAAGCGUUUCCAUGGCAUUUCGUCGUCGACCGGCAAUUGGAGCUGGUGCAGCUCGGGGUCGGAUUCAUGAAGAUUUUCGGGCAGCACCUGAACCGGCUUGGCCGAAAGAUAUCGACGUACUUCGCGCUCACACGGCCGCGCAGCGUUACCCUGUCGUUCCGCGAGAUAUUGAAGCGUGCGAACACACCUUUUGUCCUGACCCUGCAGAAACCGCAGGGCGUCGAUAAGUAUCCCGCGGAGGGCCUAGAGAUGAAGGGUCAGAUGGUUCAUUGUCCCGAAUCGGAUUCCAUCCUGUUCGUGAGCUCGCCGUUCCUGAACGGUCUGGAAGGACUGACUGGCCGAGGACUUUUUAUAUCCGAUAUUCCAUUAUACGAUGCCACGAGAGAGGUGAUUUUGGUGGGGGAACAAGCGAGAGCACAGGACGGUCUGAGACGGAGGAUGGACAAAUUGAAGAGCUCCAUAGAAGAAGCGAGCCUGCUCGUGUCCGCUGAAAGGGAGAAAAACGUCAGUUUGCUUCAUCUUAUAUUCCCUCCGGACAUAGCGAAACGCCUCUGGUUAGGUGAAACCAUAGAAGCGAAAAUAUACCAGGACGUGACCAUGCUGUUCAGCGACAUCGUCGGCUUCACGGAGAUUUGUUCAACGGCGACGCCAAUGAACGUCAUCAAUAUGCUUCAAAAUCUUUACGAGCAGUUCGAUUCGUUUUGCGGACAGCUGGACGUGUACAAGGUGGAGACGAUCGGAGAUGCUUACUGCGUUGCCUGCGGCCUUCAUCGCGACACCUUCAUACACGCGCAGCAAAUAGCUUGGAUGGCCCUGAAAAUGAUACAAGCCUGUUCGCAUCACAUGACCCACGAGGGCAAGCCGAUAAGGAUGCGGAUUGGCAUUCACACUGGAAUGGUGUUAGCGGGCGUUGUCGGGAAGAAAAUGCCCAGAUAUUGCCUGUUCGGGCACAAUGUUACCUUAGCGAAUAAAUUCGAAUCCCUGAGCGAACCUCUUCGCAUUCACGUCAGUCCAACGACUUACGAAUCGUUGAAGUAUCCCUCGUCAGGAUUCGAGCUGGAACCACGGAGUAAAGAGUUCUUGCCGAAGGAGUUUCCGACGGACGUCGAGUCGUCUUACUUCCUGAACGAUUACAAGCACAAGGACGCCGAUGUAAAUCUUCCGCUCGAUGUUCACAUUCAGAACGCUAUCCGAGAUUACGGUCUUGGCACCAGAGCCGAUUGAACUGCAAAUAAAAGAAAAGUAUUGAAAAUAGUAAUUUGAAAUACCUUUCAUUUAAAUAAGACAAUAUCUCGAGAUCUCUUUCGUUUCGCAGUUUAACAUAUACCGGAAUUGAAAAAUCUGUGUGUUACGUAUAUAUGAGUUCGAAUUAUUAAUUGAAAUAAUAUAUUUUGUAAGAUGUAUGUUAGAAAAACGCUUGUUCGAAAUGAUAUUUCUUUUUUUUCUUCGAAAUGUACCAGAAACGACUGUUUGAAAUAAAAACGUUUGGGUAUAAACGAGGAUAUCAUUAUUUCAAUUAAUAUUUCUCACGCUGCCAAAACUUUGCAACGGAUGGUCACCUGAAAUAUUAUUUUUUAAAGGUUACUAUAAAUAUAAAAGAAAGAAAAAGAGAGAAAAGAAGGAAGCGACUAAAUGCAUACAGCGCGCAGAGGAAACGGAUGUAAUUAUCUACAACAAUCAAAACGAGGCGUAUCUUCGAGGAACGAAGAUCGAUUUAAACGAUUCACUCAAUUUUCGUUUAAUAUAUGUUAAAAAAAAAAAGAAACGUAUUCGUUUAUUUCGGCUGUUCGCCUUUAGCAACGUACACAUUUCGAACAGAUGAUAAUAUACAUACAAUAAAAUACAUAUUUCAUAUA